AUGGCAGAAACAAACAACGAGAACAAAUCUGGCGGAGGGCCCUGGAUCCCGCUCGAGAGCAACCCUGAGUGGGCAGUGAAAGCGGGCCUGAUACAGAGUCAAGCGCACUUCGAAGACAUUUAUGGCCUCGACGCCGAACUGCUUGCGAUGGUGUCGCAGCCUGCCAAGGCAGUCAUCCUUCUCUUUCCGAUCACGGAGCCGUAUGAGCAGAAGCGACGUGAGGAAGACAACCGGAUCGCCGAAGAGGGCCAGCAUCCGGUUGAUCCUACCCUGUUCUGGAUGAAGCAGACGGCAAGUUGUGCUGCGAAUGGUCUCUUGCACCGUGUGCAGUAUCCACUGACGCGGAAUAACGAAUCAGAUAUCCAACGCAUGUGGUACCAUGGCGCUCUUGCACUCGUUGGUCAACACGUCACAUUCGCGCCCGAGAGCCCCAUCGAGAAGUUCAUCGAUGUCUGCAAGGACAAGACCCCCGAGGAACGCGCCAAGAUCCUCGAGACGACCCCGCUCUUCGCCAACAUCCACGCGGACGCAGCCUCGGGGGGCCAGACGGCCGUUCCCGCAGACCUCGCGACAGACCUCCACUUCACCUGCUUCGUCCGGGCGCCCAACCCGCCCUCGCGGGAGGAGGGUACGCCUGCCUCCCCGGACGGCAUGCGGCUCAUCGAGCUCGACGGGCGCCGUGUCGGUCCGAUCGACAGGGGCCCGUGCACAGACUUCUUGGCGGACGUGGCGAAGCUGGUGCGGAACCUGUAUGUCGCUCACACGGCGAGCAUGCACUUUAGCAUGAUCGCGCUCUGCGAGGGGCCCAAUCCGGAGUGA